ACCCCCAUUUUGCCCCCCAAUCCGUCCCUUCCCUGCUGGCUGACCCUGGGUCCUGGCAACCCCCCACCCCCAACUCUGGAAGGAAAAUCCUCUUUUUUCCUUGACAUUUUGAGGUCUCACAAUGCCCCAAGUGGGGAGGAGAGAGGACCCCAGAGGGAUUUCUAGGAAAGCUGGGUCCCACCCACCGCCCCACCUUGUGCCUGCCCUCGCGUGAUCCCCAGGAGUAUGGUCUCUGCUUGUCCUUCCACUCGGUGCCCCGUGGAAAUGCCUUGUGUCCUGCUCAUCCGCACACCCACGCGCGCCCAGUCCUAGAUGGCUCAGAGAGGGAUGUGACUUCAGGAGGGAUGAGCAUGGGGAGGUCAAGCAGAUACCACAAGAGUGGACCAAGGGGGUUCGGGGGUCAGGAGACUUGGAGGAGUGGUGGACAGAUGGGUGGGGUGAAGUAUGCGGAAGGUUGAAGAUGUCUGGAUAGUUGGACAGUUCACGUGUUGGGUGGAGAGAGCAGCCCACGGAGGACACUCACCUGCCCAGGAUGGGAGUGGCCCUCCUGGCAUCCCAUCAGGCCAGACCAAGGGAACGGUGUUCCUGUGGAGCAACACGGGGCCGCCUUGUGGCUCUGCGGGACUCAUUCCACAGAGCAGACGUGAGAGGUGUGCAGCCUGUGCCAUGGACCCUCACGAGAUGGUGGUCAAGAACCCCUAUUCCCAUAUCAGCAUCCCCCGGGCUCACCUGCGGCCUGACCUGGGGCAGCAGUUAGAAGAGGGUCCCUCAUCCACAUCCUCAGAGACGCAGCCUCUGCCAGAGGUGACCUGCACCCCAGAGCCAGCCUGUCUCCUGCGGCCCACCAAAGGCCCAGGACCCAAAGGGGCCAAGGGGACUGCUCCUGACCAGAGCCAGCAGGCCUGCCAGCAGCCCUGCAACCCCUAUGGCAGUGGACAGCUCCCAGGAGGACUGACCUAUGCCGGUCUGCCACCCGUGGGGCGUGGGGAUGACAUUGCCCAUCACUGCUGCUGCUGCCCCUGCUGCUCCUGCUGCCACUGCCCACGAUUCUGUCGCUGUCACAGCUGCUGCUGUGUGGUAUCAUAGCCUACCCACCCCUUCAGGGCUGUGGGCCUAGGCCUCUGCUCAGCAGCCAAGGCAGUGCUGGACAUUAGGGGCGGCCAUGUCAUGGGCAUCUCUAAUUCCUGCCCCUGGACAAUGGGCAUUUGCCCACCAGGAAGACUACCAGCUCCGACUGGGCCCUUGGGAACAGAGUCCUGGACACUGGCCGUGUUGAUGGUGAUAGGGACACCCUGAUGCUUCCAACAAGGCCCUGGCAAUAAAGCAGUGUGAGCUCUGUGCCA